GAAUUUUGAGUGACUACCUCUCUAUGAUUUAGUGGUAUGUUCGGGGAUUUACACGAAGGCGGAAGCAGGCAGAAGUGAAUCAUCUCAAUUUAUGACGUAAGCAGGAAGUCGACGCGCCACACCCACUGAACAGAUCACUACAUGAUCAUACACGUCUUUGAUUAACUGUAUCAGGCUGCCCCGUUAUAACCCAUCUCUUAGCAAUCCAGUUUUAAAAUAUGCCGCUAAAUUAUACAGCAAUCAUUUAAAGCAAAUGUUGCUACAUUUGUAGUCAUUUACACUCAGGCUCCUAAUGCGCUACCCAAAGGGUCUUUCCUCGCACAGUGACAGUUACGACAAUGUGAAAACGUGUCAAACUAAAAGUCUAAACCUUCUCUGCUAAAAGUAUUUCGAAGUGACACCACCACUGCGUAAUAAUGUGAUAAAUCAUGUCACUUUGCAUCAUUGUUGCCGCUGCCAUAACUUCCCUGUUCAAAAUUUGGGAACAUGGUUCACCCUGAUUGGCUGUUUUACAGACGCGUGCAAAAUGAGCUCUGAGGUGUGCCCAUUCUGCGGGAAAACUUACAAAAGGUUGAAGAGUCACCUGCCACAUUGCAAGGCAGCAGCCAGCUCCAAAACACCUCCAACCAAACAUGAUGUCACGGUGAAUCAGACAACAUCAUCUUCUCAGCUGGCCACAGCAGCCUCAUCCGAACCAACAGCAAAGGGGGGAAAGUCCACACAGAUGCUGUCAGUGACUGCAAGUCCACAAUCAAAGAAGAGUAAAAAGGUGUCUGUGGUAUCACCAGCACCACCGCAGUCAUCAUCACCAGCAACAUCUUCGUCACAGUCAUUGUCCCUGAGUUCUGCAUCACUUCCACCAACAACUAAGAAGAAGAAACAGAAGCUGUCUGAACAAAUCAAGACAACCAACAUUCCCUCCUCUAACACAAUUUCCCUCAUCUCCUCCCCAUCGCUAUCUCUGUCUCCCGCCAUCUCUAAGCCCAAAAAGAAGAGUCUGCGUGCUUUGAUAGAAGCUGCAAAGUCGAAACAGGUUUCUAGACCCAGUGUAAGAGACGACUCCUGGGUGGACAGCGAGGGGGAAAUUGAGGAUUUAUCUGUGAAUAAGAUGCUCUUGAAAUCAGGAAGUGGUCACCAGGCCAGGAUUACCCUCCAGGAUGUUAAAGCCACACUAGGCCGAGCUAACGCCGCACGUCAGUCCAGCAGGAAAAGCAUCCUGAGCCAGAUUGAAACUACUGAUAAUCUAAGCAGCAAAAUCAGACCUGGUACUAGUCUCACACCAGUUCCAAAGUCUCAACAAGCAUCUUUAACCCCCCUUCGACAUGAUGUUUCUCCUCAGUCUGAACUAACCUCCCCUGCAACUCCCCUUCUUUCUGGCCAUGUAUCGUCCCAGGUGAGCCAAGCCACGUCCCCGCCACAUACAGUCAGCAUGAAUGAGGGGCUGAAGGUGGGCCGUCACAUGACCGGACUCCGCACAUUAUCACCAUCACUCCCCCAGUUUUCCAGCCCGCAUCUUUUCCCUCUCGCACCACAAACUCUGCCGGCGAGGGUGGAGACACUGAGAGCUGCUGAUGGGUUGACGAUGGAGAAGUUGCAGCUUGAGGUCAGGAAACAAAACACUGCUGAUAAUGGAACUAAAGGUGCUCUGACACAGCGGAGUCUUGGACAGGUGAGACUGAGGGAGUUGCCUGAGUGGCUGGCCUGCAAAACUCCCAGCCAUCCAAGAGAUGUAGUGGAAAUGGUGCAAAGAGGCUGGCAGUGGUAUUACAAGAGGUAUAUUGAUGUGAAGAAAGGUGGUGUAGGUGGACUGGGCAUGUUGUUAGCAGGAUACUGUGUACUCAGCUACAUCUGGAGCUACCCUCAUAUAAAGCGUGAUCGCUGGAGGAAGUACCACUAAGGCCAAGGGAAGAUGUUUGGACAAGCGUGACUCCGUAUGAGGAAACAGCAGCUUUGGCAGAAGGAGGGUUCAGGACUUCUAGGAAUCUAUUCUGUUAAUAAUAUAUAAUUAAUCCAGAUCCAAACAUUUCCACAGGAUUUAUGUCUGAUUAAUGAAAUUGCUACUGGUUUCUUGUCAACAUGAUAGCUCUCCCUGUCAGCCCAUUCUGUUUUCUUCUCCAGGAUUGGUGAUCAAAUAAGUCAACAAUUCAAAGCAAAAGUUCAACAUUUUGUUAAAUAUGCUUAUUUGUUUUAGAGUUGGAUGCGAAGAUCAAUAUGACUCAUGCCUGUCAGUUAAAUAUGAAGCUACAGUCAGCAGCUGGUUAGCUUAGCUUAGCAUAAGGGGAAACAGCUAGCCUGGCUCUGUCAAAUGGUGACAAAAUCCACCUACCAGCACCUUUUAAAACUCACCAAUUAACACCUUAUAUCUCGUUUGUUUAAUUUGCACAAAAACUGAGGUGAAAAAAUGACAUUUUCUCUUUUUGCGGGGAUACCACGACCAGUAACUUCCUGGAGUCUCUGCUCAGAGCCAGGAAAUAGUCCUUGACACAUAGCCCCAGUAAAACGGCAAACUGUUGUUUUUACACUUACGUUUUUGUACAGAUUAAUGAGCUUUAGAGGAGCAGGUAGGCAGAUUUUGUUACCAUUUUACAGAGCCAGGCUAGCUGUUUGCCCUGUUUCCAGUCUUUGCUGCUGGCUGUAGCCUCAUAUUUAAUGAACAGAAAUGAGUCGCCAGAAAGUAAAUAAGCAAAUUUCCCAAAAUGUCGAACUAUUCCUAUAACAACUGGAAGACUUGUGAUCCUGAUACCAGUAGUUUCAUUCUCAACUGUUUGCCCCUACAUGGGCAUCUAAAAUGAAAGCACCUCACUGUGGCCUGUAUAAAUUGCCUUGUUAUAUUUUCUAAUUAUUUAUUUACUUAUCUAUGUUUAUCUUAUUUGGUUUGCUUUGUAUCUUAUUUUAGUUUGGGAAGGGAAAGAGAACUACUAAAAAUUGUUUUAUUGAGAUUAUUUGGUCAUCAGAGGCCAUUUGUUACAGUCCCACUGUGUCCCCCUGGGGCUCCACUAGGUGUCAUUGUUGUGUUGUGUUACCAAAACCAGAGGGGCUGGGCAGUUAAAUGUUUGCUAUGCAGAGUUUUCUUAGCUCCUUUGUGCAAAGGCAUUGGUGCUGAGGUCCAUGAGUGGAUUAAAGGGAACCAACAGAUUUUUAACUUGAUAAAAUCUUACUCUGGCAGCCCAGAUGUAGAGAAACAUGAAAUUCAUGUUCUGACAUCAGUAUCUGUGAAAAGAUCAUAUCUGUGCAGCAGAGGGUUACAAAUCUGUUUUUCGUUUGCAAAUGCUUCCCCUGUCACACGAUGUUAUUAUGCAUGCUUAGUCCAUCAGUGCCAGUAUGUGAACACUCGCAGAAUAGUAAUAGAGGGACGCUGGAGAGGUUCUCAGCUGGACUGGACCAGUUUUGUUAUUGUAUUCAAAAUGAAUUUAUUGUUGACUCUCUUUGCUGCCGUAGUGAACACACAUUAGCUACAAAUGAAGAAAUGACAGUAUUUUAUAACGUUGUUUUCCUGACACCGCUUCUUAGCCAACACAUUAAAAAAUAAUUUCCAUUUUCUCA